AUGGCCAAAGUCCGCCGGAACAGCGCCAUCACCGCGGCCGUCUGCUACUUCAUCGCCAUCAUCUUCCUCAUCCUCGUCAUCAUCGGCAACACCUCCAUCAAGCCCGUUCUGACGGACAUUUACUUCUUCAAACUCGAUGUCUCCGACAUCAUCCCGCUCUCCUCGGCCAACGCCGUCCUCCUCAACUCCGUAGCCCGCAGCCUGGGACUCCACGACUUUUACCAAGUCGGUCUCUGGAACUUUUGCGAAGGCUACAACGAUGAGGGCGUCACCUUCUGCUCAACCCCCCAGCGCAUGUGGUGGUUCAACCCCAUCGAGAUCCUCACCAACGAGCUCCUCGCCGGCGCCACCAUCGCCCUCCCCUCCGAGGUCAGCACCAUCCUCAACAUCCUCCGCAUCGGCCAGCAGGUCAUGUUCGGCCUCUUCAUCUCCGGCAUCUCCCUCGCCGCCGCCCUCCUCAUCGUCACCCCGCUCGUCAUGCGCUCGCGCUGGUGGAGCCUGCCCAUCGCCAUCUUCGCCGCCAUCACGGGCCUCCUCGUCACCGUCGCCUCCAUCAUCGGCACCGUCAUGAGCGUCGGCGCCAAGAUCGCCCUCACCCAGCAGUCCGAGCUCAACAUCAACGCCGUCCUCGGCGUGCGCAUGUUCGUCUUCAUGUGGCUCGCCAGCGCCCUCGUCGACCUCGCCGCCAUCCUCCACAUGGCCAUGGGCUGCUGCUGCUCGCCUAGGAAAGAGAGGGAGGCUGCCGCCGCCGCUGCUGCUGCCGGCGGGGCGAGCACUACGCCGGAGAAGACGACUAACACGACUGAGAGCGGUGAGAAGCCGUCGAGGCUGCCGGCUUUUAUGAGAAAGCGCAGCCCGAGGUCGUCGACGUCGUAG